AUGGCGUUCGCUUUAACAUCGCAAAUCCCAGGCGCGGAUCCGGCCUGGCAUCGUCGUCAUGAUCACCCGUAUUAUAACGAGAGUCACCAUCGUUUGCAAAAGUUUGUUCGCGAGUACGUGAGCCGCGAGAUAUCCCCAAAUGUGGAGGAGUGGGAGAAGCAAGGCGAGGUGCCUGAGACUGCAUUCCGGCGACAUUCUUCACUCGGGUUCCUGGCUGCAUCUGCCUUUCCUAUUCCCAAGGAGUAUGUGAGUGGGGUGACCUUGCCGGCCGGCUUGAGUGUGGACGAGUGGGAUGAGUUUCAUGAUGCAAUCAUCAUAGACGAAAUGGCGCGGUGUGCGUGUUUGGGUACCAUCUGGGGCAUCAAUGGGGGUGCUACAGUUGGAGGCCCCCCAAUUGAUCGCUAUGGGACAGCUUCACAGAAGGAAAAGUACCUUGCGCCAUUGCUGCGAGGCCAACAAAGACAUUGCCUUUGUGUUACGGAGCCUUCCAUUGGCUCAGAUGUUGCCGGUCUGACUACCACGGCGAAGAAGACUGCAGACGGCAAAUUUUAUGUGAUCAAUGGGGAGAAGAAGUGGGUAACCCAGGGACGUUGGGCAGACCACGCAUUGGUUGCUGCCAGGACCGGACGCCCUGGAGCCAAGGGGAUUUCCAUGUUUAUUGUCCCAUUAGCUGUCAAGGGGAUUUCGAGGCGAAAGAUUGAGAAUUCGGGGGUCAGUUCGAGCGGCUCGACUUUCAUGGAGUUCGACGAUGUCCUAGUACCUGCAGACAAUCUGCUAGGAAAUGAAAAUCAGGGGUUUGAGAUAAUCAUGUCCACCUUUGCACACGAGCGACUGUGGGUUGGGAUUACGGCCCUUCGUCUAGGACGGGUGGCCUAUGAGGACUCGUAUAGAUAUGCACUAAAGCGUGAAACGUUUGGCAAGCCGUUGUUCGAAAACCAGGUCAUUCGUCACAAAUUUUCGCGAAUGAUAAACAUGCUCGAGCCGACCCAGGCGUAUAUGGAAGAGAUGGUUUAUCGUUCUAUGAGAAUGCCGUCUCUAAACUUCUCGCCGCUAGCCGCCAUGCUUAAGGUGCAGGCGGCGCACAACCUCGAGAAGAUCUCCCGCGAGGCACAGCAGGUCUUUGGUGGCCUCGGAUACUCAAGGCAAGGACAGGGACAGCGGGUGGAGCAGAUCAGUCGAGAUGUGCGCGUGUUGGUCGUUAGCGGAGGGAGUGAGGAGAUUUUGCUGGACAUGAUCGCCAAGCAGCAGCGGAAACUGGCGCAUUUGUGA